GGUCGCUACAUGCCCAUAAAUUAGGCAAAUUUUCAAUUGCAAAGGAAACUGAUUUGAGGGAAUUAUUUGUUAACUUCUACAAUUGCUCUCAGCUUUCUUCUCGUAUUUUAUACAAUCUGUGAAAUAAUACAACGUAAACACAAGUUUACUAAUUGUCUGUACAAAUUAUUAUAUCAUAACAUGUAAUAUUUAUUCAAUAUUUGUGUCGGGUUACGGUUCUAAAGUGAUAAAAUAUAGAGAAAAAAAUUUCGCAAAAAAGAUGAAAUUAAGUAGCUUUGCACGAUUUUUCUAUUGAAAACUAGAAUAAAGUUGUUGGCUUGGUUUGUUAUGUAUAUUUCUCUUUUUCAAAGCUUGCACACUGCCUUUUUUUUUGCCAUUAUUGUAUCGAGUGCAUUCUGCGUCAAUACAUGAAUUAAUACUCACAUUUUGGUAACUAAUUGUGUUUUAGAUGUAAAACUGUUAGAGACCACUGUACAUAUGCUUUUAUCGUAUAUAUACAAUAUAUUAAAAUUUAAAAAAUGGGAGAUACUGUCUUUUCUGGCGAUCUUAAUAGCAUUAAAGUGGUUCACAAUUUUUACAUUUCAACCAAACAUACAUCAUUCGAUAGAGUUACAUAAAUGUCCAGUAUGUUUUGGUAUUUCUGCAUGUAAUUAUAUCCACGAAGUGGACAUCGCGCUUCGUGACGUUUACUCUGUGUUUGCGUACUUCUUUGGAAUAAAAAAUGUAUUUUUUGGAGUCUUUAACGAAAGUAGAGUUGUCCUAAAAAAGCUGGCACAAAAUUUCGAAUUGGACGAGUUUGAUCGAAUGAUUUGCGAGGACGAAGCCUUUUCUGAUGUCUGUACAAAAAGUAUAAAGAGAACAGACUAUAAAAUUAAUACCAAUUUCCGUGAAUUUGUUGAAAAGGAAAUUAGCACGAGUCCUAUAAGAAAUAACUUUAAUGGUUUAAAGCUUUGCCCCACUGUUAGACAUUUAAAUGCCCUUCUAAACAAUGUUUAUUACAAUGAGAGAGAUACCGAUAGAAAAAUACUCGAUGUCUACAUUUGGGUAUUAACAGUUCUUAAUCCCGAGCCUCUCAUUCUUCAGAUAUUAUCCGCAGACGAAGGUUGGCCAGUAUCAAAAUAUUUUGGUGCCUGUGGACGAAUUGUAGUUGAGGAGUAUGUUGGAUUGCCAUUAACUGCUUAUUACAAUGAGCCAUGGUUACGUAGAGCUAAAUUAGCUUCGAGUCUUUUAGAUGCUGCUUAUAAGUUUACUUAUAAAAAUGAAAAUUUUGGUUUCUAUUUAACUGAUGUAUCUGCUGAUAAUGUAGCAGUCGAUUCAGCUGAUAAUAUAAAAUUUGUGGAUCUAGAGAAUAUCAUUGUUGUUGAUAAAAGUAUAACUCCUACAGAGAGAUCGACUACAUGGAAUCAAUUGCAAGUGAAUACUGAGAAUUUUAGUUGUCCAGAAUGUCUAGCAUUUUCUAGUACUGACAUAUGUAAUCAUAAAGUCAGCGAUCACAAUUAUUACGCAAUAUGUAAGAUAUUAUUGACAUUAAAUAUGAAUAACAGUAUAUUACCUGGUGGUCUGCUGCAUGAUAUGCCUGCAGAUAUAUUUGAAAGUUAUCCAGAUAUACAACAUUUAAUACAACAGUGUGUACAUCCUCAAACACCUCUCAGUAGAAUAGAUGCAGCAAUAGAACUUAAAAAGCUGUUAGAUAUUAUAAUACAAAAGCAUAAAAGAAUUAAAUAAAGAUAUACAAUUAAUUGUAAUCAAAUGUAAAUUAUUAUGUAUAAAAUUUUCAUAUGUAAACUGAUAAUUGACAUUUCCCAUGUAUCAAUAGCAAUUUUUUUUUUUUGUUAAUGGUUCUUUUUUUGUUAGAUGUAGUAAUUCCUAGAUAAACGAUCCUUUUAUUUUUCUUAAAAUAAUAAAAUAAAUAAUCGUGAAUAAAUUCGAAUACUAUUCUAAUUUCAGUCAUAAAUUGUUUGAUACAGGUUGAAAAACAAUCAUCUGCAACUUAAAGAAAAUUAAUAUCAUUCAAUUGACUUUCAUUGUUCGUUAUAAUUUUUUCAAAUAUCGAUUUUAUUAAACGAAACAAUAAACAAUUAUAGUGGACAGUGAUUUUUACAUUGUCUUUACAAAAAUCAAAUUGCGAUAGUAUUAAAAAUAAUUACAAAUAUUUUACUUUAAUAUAAAAUAAAACACAUGCGAACGCAUUUCCUCGUCAAAGGACAAUUCUGUAUGCUGCAUAUAUUUAACAAAUGCAUAGCAAUUCAGUAAAUUCAUAUUCUAUAUGUAUAUAGAUCCAAUAAAUACAUAUUCUAUGAA